AUGGCUGAUGACCGGCCGGCGAUGCAUGGCAACAGCAUACUUGAAGCGCUGCAACAAUUGCCACACGCUCAGGCCCACCAGCGGCUCGCCAGGCACGCCUCGACCGCCGGCGCGGCAUCGUCGGCCGCGCGCCGCGGCGCGCCGGCGCUUGUGCCGGCGGCCGCCUUCGCAGCUGCCGGCCCCGCUGCGGCCGCCACGCAGCAGGCCGCGAUCAUGCCGACUGUGCCGGCGCCGCCGCUGACGUUCGCGGGGCGGCCGGGGUUGUAUGAUGAGUCCGGGCUGCUGCGCUUGAAAAACCUUACUUAUGACGAGCUCACUGAGUGGUGUGAAAGCAUAGGCGAGGCCCCAAAGCGGGCACAGCAGCUGUGGCGGCUGAUGUAUGUCGAGAAGCACUGGGCCCGCAGCUGGGCGGACGGCGCGGGCGGGCCCGACGCCCUAAGCAAGGCAUUCCAAGCCAAGGCCGCGGCGGCCGCGACCCUGCACGGCGGGCUGACGCUGCAGAGCGUGCAGACAGCGCCCGACGGGACCCACAAGCUGGUGUUCACGCUGCACGGCGGCGAUGGCGCUGCGUCGGGCAACGUAGAGACGGUGCUCAUCCCCAUGACUAAUCGGGACGGCACCCAGCCGCGGUAUACGGCCUGCCUCUCAACACAGGUCGUGGAGCAGGUCGUCGAGGCGCGCCGCUGGCUGGCUCAGCAGCAGCAGCAACAGAAGCAGCAGCAGCGGCAGCAGCAACAGCAGCAGCAGCUUGAGGAGGAGGGGCGCGAGGACGAGCGGCGGCGGCUGGGGGAGCGCGUGGGCAGCGGCGGCCUCGCCAGCGCGAGCGGUGGCGACGGCGUUCCUGACGACGCCGACGGUGGCGGCAGGCGGCGGAAGGGCGUCAGGGGGUCGUGGGCGGCGGCCCCGGCGCGAAUCAGCAACAUCGUCUUCAUGGGAAUGGGGGAGCCCCUGGCAAACCUGCCCGCGGUGAUGCCCGCGCUGGACAUCCUCUGCUCGCCGGCCGGCCUGGCGCUAUCCAAGAGCAAGGUUAUCGUGUCGACGGUCGGCCUGGUACCCCAGCUGCGGGAGCUCCACGCGAGCGGCAAGGCCAAGGUGGCCGUCUCCCUCCACGCGACCACCGACGAGGUGCGCUCCUGGAUCGCGCCGGUCAACCGCAAGCACGACCUGGCCGAGCUGAUGGGGGCCCUCGCGGAGAUGUUCCCGCGCUCGCUGGCGACGACGCCGGGGAAGAGCGACCACUUUGUGUGCAUCGAGUACGUGAUGCUCGCGGUGAGCCGAUGGGCCGCAGGCCGCGUCAGGGGGGGGGGCUGA